GUUUACUCGGAGUCCGCUCGCCUGUCCGCCGUGUGCGAGCAAAUUCUCACGUCCGCCGACGAUCAGGAUCUUUUUUUUUCUCUCUCAAUCCGCACUGAGCAUCGCUCCACGACCGUGUGUUCGGCGACGGGUUCUUAUCUGUGAUAGAAAAACGGAAUUAGUCAUUUGGAUGGAGCUGGUGAUGAUAUGAGAGAGAUCUAAAAAGAACGAAGUAAUUCUCCGAGGGAUAACAACGAGAUGGACAGCAAAGGGAGGAAGAUCAUCGUCUGCGACAAUGGCACGGGGUUUGUCAAGUGCGGUUACGCCGGUGCGAACUUCCCAGCUCACAUAUUCCCGUCUAUAGUCGGACGACCUAUAAUCAGAGCUGUCAAUAAGAUCGGCGACAUCGAUGUGAAGCAAGAAUAUUGCGUUCGUGACUUAAUGGUCGGCGAUGAAGCGAGUAAACUGCGUUCUAUGUUAGAGAUUAGUUAUCCCAUGCAAAAUGGAAUUGUCAGAAAUUGGGAGGACAUGUGCCACGUGUGGGACUAUACAUUCGGCAAGGAAAAGAUGAAUAUCAAUCCCAGGGAAUGUAAAAUUCUGUUGACCGAGCCGCCGAUGAAUCCUAUCACGAACAGGGAAAAAAUGAUCGAGGUGAUGUUUGAGAAGUACGGUUUCGCCGGAACGUACAUCGCGAUCCAAGCGGUACUGACGUUAUACGCUCAAGGACUGAUCAGCGGUGUUGUCGUGGACUCCGGCGACGGUGUCACGCACAUCUGCCCCGUGUUCGAGGAAUACGCUUUGCCGCACUUGACCAGACGGUUAGACAUAGCCGGGCGUGACAUCACGAUGUAUCUCAUUAAAUUGCUCCUGCUGCGCGGCUACGCGUUCAAUCACUCGGCCGACUUCGAGACCGUUAGGAUGUUGAAAGAGAAACUGUGUUACAUCGGUUAUAACAUAGAAACGGAGGAGAAGCUGGCGCUCGAGACCACCGUAUUGGUGGAGUCCUAUACCCUUCCCGACGGGCGUGUAAUAAAAGUUGGAGGCGAGAGGUUCGCCGCGCCGGAAGCGCUCUUCCAGCCGCACUUGAUCAACGUCGAGGCGCAGGGGAUAGCCGAGCUGGUAUUUAGCACAAUUCAAGCGGCCGACAUAGACAUAAGGAGCGAGCUGUACAAGCACAUCGUUCUGAGCGGCGGUAGUACAAUGUAUCCCGGGCUUCCGUCGAGACUAGAGCGAGAAAUCAAGCAACUUUACCUUCAGAGAGUAUUGAAGAAUGACACCACUAAAUUGAAUAAAUUUAAAAUAAAAAUUGAAGACUCACCCCGACGUAAGGAUAUGGUCUUUAUGGGAGGUGCUGUGUUAGCCGAGAUAACGAAGGACCGAGAUUCCGUGUGGAUAACGCGGGAAGAGUACGAGGAGAAAGGUCUUAGUGUACUAAAGAAAUUAGGCUCCUAUGAAUCAUAGAGAGAAAGUCAUUGUAACGUGAGUUACAGGUUUUUAACGGGCAAUCAAGUGGUUUUUAUACCUAUAAGAGUGAUUCCUGAGAGUUUGAUAAUUUACUGUAUAAUUGUAAAAAACGAGACGUUUUCGAAAAAAAAAAAACACUAGCUGUUUGAUACUAAACGAAACUGAUGUUUUCUUUCUCUUUUGCUUUUAUAUGCAAAUCGAUUGAUGUAAUUUCAAAUACGUCAGGCAUAGGAUAUCAAAUAUAUAGUUGAAUACUCUUAAUGUUUUUUAUCUUUUUUUUUGCGCUUAUACACGAAUUGAUACGAUUUCGAGAACGACAGGUAGGAGAUUUCAUUGGUUUCGAGGAUUUAAAUAGUUUAAAAAUCAAGGGUUACAUCGUUAAGAAUUUAUGAUUUUAGUACAGCAUCGAUUUCGACCACUAAGCGCUGAUUUAGUACAAUUUGAGAGGUCUUGUAUAUUUUAAUUGGUUGUAAUUGAUUAAAAUAUUACAUCGAUCAGGCACGAAACAAUGUCACAUUUGAUGUGUAUUUAUAUAGUUCUCAGGUAUAUAUAUUCAACAUAUCGAUUAAGUUUUACCUUUUGUUACGGGAUAUCCAGAGAAGCUCAUUCCUCGUUCUUUGUACUUGUCGAACUCUCUCCUCCUAGGAAAUGUAAAUAUAAUCGAAAUUGUAAAAACGAUCUUCAGUGUAGAACACUAUCCGUCUUUUUAUUAUAGUAAUACAGUAAUGAACUGCAAGAGCA